UAUCUGUGGUAAAUUAUUUUAUGAAAAUAGAAUCUUAACUAAUCAGAUACGUAUUCACACAGGAGAGAAGUCAUAUCAUUGCGGUGUCUGUGGUAAGUCAUUCUCUGAUGGACCCAGGUUAACUGUUCGCAAAUACAUUCAUUCAAGUGUGAAACCAUAUCACUGUGAAAUCUGUGGUAAAUCUUUCUCUCGAAACGAUACCUUAAUCAAGCACAAGUGUGUUCAUACAGGGGAGAAGCCAUAUCAUUGUGAUAUCUCUGGUAAAUCAUUUGUUCAGAGCAAUAUACGAGAAGAAGGAAAACCUUUGUGUACUGUGACGAGAGAAAGGAAAAUUAUGGAAAAUGAAUUAUAUUGGAGUGAAGUUGAAUGUAAAAGAGAGUCUGAAGAAAUUGAUUUUUCUGAUGAGGAAAAGAAUGAAAAGGGCAAAACAUCAUUUGAUUGUGAUAUCUGUGGCAAGUCGUUCUCUCGGAAAGCUAAGUUAGUCAUUCACGAACGUACUCAUACAGGAGAAAAACCAUAUCACUGUGAAAUCUGUGGUAAAUCUUUCUCUCGAAACGAAAACUUAACUAGGCACAAGAGUGGUGUUCACACAGGAGAAAAACCAUAUCACUGUGAAAUCUGUGGUAAAUCCUUUUCUCAAAACGAUCACUUAACUAUGCACAAGCAUGUUCAUACAGGAGAAAAACCAUAUCACUGUGAAAUCUGUGACAAAUCUUUCUCUCGAAACGAUCACUUAACCAAGCACAAGCAUGUUCAUACAGGUGAAAAACCAUAUCACUGUGAAAUCUGUGACAAAUCUUUCUCUAGAAACGAUAAUUUAACCAUACACAGGCGUGUUCAUACAGGAGAAAAACCAUAUCACUGUGAAAUCUGUGGUAAAUCUUUCUCUCGAAACGAUACCUUAACCAAGCACAUGCGUGUUCAUACAGGAGAAAAACCAUAUCACUGUGAAAUCUGUGGUAAAUCUUUCUCUCGAAACGAUCACUUAACUAGGCACAAGAGUGGUGUUCACACAGGAGAAAAACCAUAUCACUGUGAUAUCUGUGGUAAAUCUUGGACUCAGAAAGGUAACUUGACUACUCACCAACGUAUUCAUACAGGAGAGAAGCCAUAUCGCUCUGAUAUCUGUGGUAAGUCAUUGUCACAAGAUAGUGAUUUAACAAGACACAAGCAGAUUCACUCAAGAGGAAAAUAUUUGUACUGUGACAUCUGUGGUAAAUCAUUCUCGCGGAAAGAUAACUUAGUCAUCCACCAACGUAUUCAUACAGGUGAGAAGCCAUAUCAUUGUGUUAUCUGUGGUAAAUCGUUCGCUUGGAAAGGUAACUUGACUGCUCACCGACGUUUUCAUACAGGAGAGAAGCCAUAUCACUGUGAUAUCUGUGGUAAACUAUUGUCAAAUCGUAGUACGUUAACAAGACACAAACAGAUUCACACAAAAGGAAAAUAUUUACAGUGUGAUGUCUGUGGUAAAUCAUUUUUUGAUACUCAUCAUUUAACCACUCACAAACGCAUUCAUACACAAGAAAAACCAUAUCGCUGUGAUAUCUGUGGUAAAUCAUUCUAUGAAAAUAGUUACCUAACUACUCACUUGCGCAUUCAUACAGGAGAGAAGCCAUAUCACUGUGAUUUCUGCGGGAAAUCAUUUUCUUACAGACACACAUUAACUAUUCACAAAAACAUUCAUACAGGUGAGAAGCCAUAUCAUUGUGAUAUCUGUGGUAAAUCAUUCUCACAAAAUUAUCACUUGACUAGGCACAAACGUACACAUACAGGAGAAAAGCCAUAUCACUGUGAUAUCUGUGGUAAAUCAUUUCCUGGAACUAGUGAUGUAACUAUUCACAAGCGUGUUCAUACAGGAGAGAAGCCAUAUCCUUGUGAUAUCUGUGGUGAGUCAUUCUCUAGAAGUGGUGUCUUAAUUAGUCACAAGCGCAUUCAUACAGGACAGAAGCUAUAUCACUGUGAUACCUGUGCUAAAUCAUUCUCUCAGAAAGCUAACUUAAUUACUCACCAACGUAUUCAUACUGAAGAGAAACCAUAUUGCUGUGAUAUCUGUGAUAAAUCAUUCACUCGAAAUGACCAGUUGACCAACCAUGUCCGCAUUCACACAGGUGAGAAGCCAUAUCAGUGUGACGUCUGCAGUAAGUCUUUCUCUAAAAAAGGUACCUUAACGUCUCACAAACAUAUUCAUACAGGGGAGAAACGUUACCUGUGUGAUGUGUGUGGUAAAUCAUUCACUGACACUGGCUACUUAACGCAGCAUAAGCGUAUCCAUGCAGUUGAGAAAAAAUAUCACUGUGAUAUUUGUGGUAAAUCAUUCUCUCAGAGUAGUAACUUAACUAGACAUAAACAUAUUCAUACAGGAGAAAAGCCAUAUUACUGUGAAAUCUGUGGUAAAUCAUUCUCUGAAAAUGGUGACUUAACUAGACACAAACUUAUUCAUACAGGAGAGUAACCAUAUCACUGCGAUAUCUGUGGUAAAUCAUUCUCACAAAAGGGUAACUUAAUCAUUCACAAACGUAUCCAUACA